AUGGCUGGAUCAACCUCCGAGGGUCAGGAAGAAACCCCUGCCAGAAAUACCGAAAAAAGCAGUUGUGUCGCCUGUGAGAAGCCCGACUCGUGGGACAACAUUGUGCAGUGUGACAGUUGUCAGAAUUGGUGGCACCAGUUGUGUGCAGGAGUCACUGGAUCAAUUGCUGAUCGUCCAUGGAGUUGCCGGAACUGCAUACCAGCUAUAAGCGAAAGUUCCGUGUUGACGACUGCUAGUGUUCUUAAGCGUCGGAAGGCGCUCCAGUUGCAGCUGCUUAAAGAAAAGCGCGCCCUGGAUCGACGUGCACGAGAGAUCAGUGUAAAAGCUCGCGAAGAGAAGCUUAAUGCUCAGCUGGAAGAAAUCCAGGCUGAGAAGAACUAUGUGGACGAAAAGUUCAAACUCUUGCAAGAAGAUGACAUUUCUGGCAAUGAAGAGGAAGCACAGGAAGUGGGCAGCCUCAUCAGUCGUCGAUCUCGCCGAAAGAGGGUUGAGACCUGGGUGGAAAAUUCAUCAUGUCGAGACGGUGCAGUCAGCAUACAUCCCAGAGUUUUGGAACAGGAAAAGAAUAAGCAGCAGCAACCAAGCCGCGCUAUUCGUCACGACACCUACGAAGUUCAACCAGCUCAACUAACUCCCCUACGUUCAACUGGAGCGAUUCCAAAGCAUUCAUUGGGUCAACCAAUGGUUUCCAGCUUUCCUUUGGGUGCCUCGGAUAUUGGUAUCAGCCCAAUGCAGCCAGCCGUAACUCAGAUGUACCCUAAACCGUUUUCACUACCGAAGGUCAACGAGAGAUGUUCGGAACAAAUUCUUGCUACUCCAGCAGGAAUGAAUGCUAGCUGCAGCGGAGUUCGGGAACAUGCAAGUGACGGUAAUCAGUAUCUCCCCCCCUUCGAGAUUAGUCAACAAGCCACAGAAAACCAUAGUAAAGCUCCUAUUACUACCUAUUCAGCUACUUCUGGCGAAGUUCUAUCCCACAGAAGUCCCGAUCGUGGGAGUUUAUUCAGAAUGAUCCCUAUAACUGUGUACGGAAACGGAAAAGCCAUCGACACCGUAGCUUUCAUCGAUGAAGGAUCGUCUCUCACGCUGAUAGAGGAAUCACUGGUCAACGAGUUGGGCAUUAAAGGUAUCGCGCAAGCACUCUGCCUCGAAUGGACUGGAAAUGUGACACGAAUGGAGAAGGAUUCUGAAGUAUUUGAUCUCGUGGUUUCCGGAAUAAAUCAGCAGAAAACUUAUCUUAGAGAAACGCGCACAGUUAAAAACCUGUCAUUACCGACACAAACAUUAGAUUACAGUAAGUUGGCGAACCGAUAUCGGUAUCUUAAAGGCCUCCCAGUGGCCAGCUACGUCAAGGCAGUCCCUCGAGUCUUGAUAGGCGUGAACAACCUCCAUCUGACCGUACCAUUGAGAAUCAGAGAAGGGCAAUCGGGUGAACCAACUGCUGCAAAAACUCGUUUGGGUUGGUGCAUCUACGGCGGAACUCCAACUGAACAAUCUAUUCCGUCUGUCAACCUUCAUGCCUGUGGUUGUUCGAAAGAUGAAACUCUUCAUUCAAUGGUACGCGAUUUCAUCUCGCAAGAAGAUGCAAGACCAAUCACUGAAGUUAUCCUGGAAUCCAAAGCAGAUCAAAGAGCUCGUUCUAUAUUGGAAGAAACAACACGCAGAGUAGGCGAUAGAUUCUCAACUCGACUGCUUUGGCGUUUCGAUGAAUUCGAACUUCCCGAUAGCUACCCAAUGGCGGUAAAACGCCUAGAAUGCCUAGAACGGAAAAUGGCUAAAAACCCUCGUCUUCAGGAAAAUUUACAGAAGCAGUUGGUGGAUUACCAAUUAAAGGGCUAUGCUCAUCGGGCGACAGAAACAGAGCUGAGGAAUUCAGAUCCAAGACGAACUUGGUACUUACCACUAGGAGUGGUAGUCAACCCUAAAAAACCGGAGAAGGUGAGAAUGAUAUGGGACGCUUCUGCUACGGUCGACGGAACGUCAUUGAACACCAUGCUGCUCAAGGGGCCUGAUGAACUGAUUCCACUUCCCUGGAUCCUUUUCCGCUUCCGCCAGUACCCUGUGGCCGUAACCGCUGAUAUUACAGAGAUGUUCCAUCAAAUCUCGAUCGAACCUAUAGAUCAACAAGCUCAGCGUUUUCUGUGGAGAUCAAACCCUCAAGACUCACCCGAGAUCUACGUUAUGAAUGUGGCAACAUUUGGGGCGACGUGUUCUCCAGCUGCCGCUCAGUUCGUCAAGAACAAGAAUGCCAGAGAAUUUGCAAAUAUUUACCCAAGAGCAGUGGAAGGUAUCACACAUGGCCACUAUGUUGACGACUACGCCGACAGUUUUGAGACACCCGAAGAAGCAGCUAGAGUAUCUUCAGAAGUUCGGAUGAUCCACGCAGCAGGUGGUUUCAACAUUCGAGGUUGGCGAUCUAAUGACACAAAAAUACUCGCAAGUCUAGGUGAAGACGUAAACCAGCAACCCAAAACUUUGGAUCUAGAAUUUCGUAGCUAUGAACGCGUUCUAGGCAUGCACUGGUUGCCAGAGGAAGAUGUCUUGGGAUAUUCCACUUCACUAGCACAGGAACUCCAAGAUAUCAUUAGGCUCAGGAAUCGACCAACAAAACGACAAGUACUACGCUGUCUCAUGACUUUUUUCGACCCGCUAGGUUUGUUGGCAGCCUUUAUUCUACAUGGAAAGGUAUUACUGCAGGAUAUUUGGCGCUCAGGGAUUGAAUGGGACGAAGCUAUCGACGAUGGAGCUUUUGGGAAAUGGCAACGGUGGACAGAACAAUUCGUACAUAUAGCUGAACUUCGAAUACCACGCUGCUACUUUGCCGGAGCGACUAGAACUCGCUAUCAAAACAUGGAACUGCAUAUCUUCGUAGAUGCCAGCGAGGACGCUUACGCUGCAGCUGGUUACUUCCGUAUUCCUAGCGGUCCUAGUAAAUUUGAGUGUGCUCUUGUAGCGGCCAAAACGAAAGUUGCUCCGUUGAAACAUUGGUCCAUUCCACGCCUAGAACUUCAAGCUGCUGUUAUCGGGACGAGACUGAAGAAGUUUAUUACUGACGGGCAUCCACUUGUAGCACAACGUGUUGUAUACUGGUCGGAUUCAAGCACGGUGCUCGCGUGGAUUCGAUCGGACCAUCGCAGGUUCUCGCAAUUUGUUGCCUGCCGUGUGGGAGAAAUCUUGUCGACAACAAAUGUAUCCGAAUGGCGCUGGAUACCGUCGAAACUCAAUGUUGCGGACCUCGCUACCAAGUGGGGACAAGGACCUCCUCUCCGAUCAGCUGAUAGCUGGUUCAAAGGGCCGGCUUUUCUGUGGGAACCAGAAAAGGAAUGGCCACAACCGAAGGCCCCGAAAACUACUACCGAAGAAUUAAGAAUCUCGUGCGUGCACACUGGGUUUGUUGCCAUAGAUCCCAUAGUCACCUUCACCAACUUCUCGAAAUGGGAACGCCUCGUAAGAACUAUGGCAUAUGUCUACCGGUACAUUAACAUGAAAAUAUUUAAAAAAAUAUAUUGUGAAUUCCUGGGACAAGAAGAGCUCAUCGCAGGAGAGAACGCUAUCUUUCGUUUAUGCCAACAACAAUCCUUCCAAGAAGAAUUGAAAAUUUUGAAGCGCAACCAUAAACAACCUUUGAAAGACAAAAUCCCUUUACCUAAGGACAGCGUACUCCACACACUUUCUCCGUACUUAGAUGAGAACGAAGUAAUACGGGCGGACAGUAGAGUUAGAGCAGCGAAGAACUUGGCAACUAAUUUUAAGUUUCCUGUUAUUCUACCAAAAAAUCACUACGUAACCGAUCUGAUUGUGGACUACCAUCACAGAAAAUACCAACAUUGCAACACAGAAACAGUUGUCAAUGAACUGCGCCAGAAUUUUAUCGUCGCACAACUAAGGCCAACUGUAAAGAGAAUAGCUCGUAGAUGCCAGUAUUGUAAAGUGUAUCGCCAACAACCCCAAACCCCUCGAAUGGCUCCCUUACCCGAAGCUAGAUUAGCGUCGUAUACUCGCCCGUUCAGCUACGUAGGACUGGAUUUAUUUGGUCCGUUAUUUGUUAAAGUCGGAAGAAGUUCGGUGAAAAGAUGGGUCUCACUGUUCACCUGCUUAACGAUUCGCGCAGUGCAUGUAGAAGUGGUAUAUAGUCUAAGCACAGAAUCGUGUAUACUAAGUAUUCGAAGAUUCAUUGGGAGGCGUGGAGCACCAAUUGAAAUCCACUCGGAUAAUGGUACCAAUUUUCGAGGGGCCGAUAACAUCCUGCAGAAACAGAUCCAACAGCUACAUACGAACAUGGCCUCCACCUUCACGAAUGCGCGGACAAAAUGGGUCUUUAUACCUCCCGGAACUCCGCACAUGGGCGGAAGUUGGGAGCGCAUGGUGCGCUCCGUUAAAACUGCACUAGAAGCGAGCGUUUGCGCGGGACGAAAGCUCGAUGAUGAAGCGUUGUACUCACUCGUUGUUGAUGCCGAAGCGAUUGUGAAUUCUCGGCCGUUAACCUAUCUACCUUUGGAAACUGAGGAACAAGAAGCUCUUACGCCCAAUCACUUCUUGCUUGGGAGCUCUGAUGGGGUCAAACAAAAACCGGAGAACGCAACGCCUGAUGCUAAAGCUAUCGGCAAGUCGUGGAAUCAAAUUCAAGGGCAACUAGAUGUUUUUUGGAAGCGAUGGGUACGCGAAUAUCUGCCUUCGAUAACGCGUCGUACAAAGUGGUUCGACGACGUAAAACCAAUUGAAGUCGGGGAUUUGGUCGUUAUCGUGAACGAAACGCGACGAAACGGUUGGACACGCGGUCGGGUACAUGAGGUCAUUUUGGGAUCUGAUGGGCGUGCUCGUAGAGCUAUUGUGCUUACAAAUAAGGGGCUCACGCGGCAGUCGGUCGCUAAAUUGGCAGUCUUGGACGUACAACAAGGGGAAACCCUGGGCCUCAGUAACUAG